AUGGACAUAUCCUCUUGCCUGGUAUCGCCAAAGACCCCUCCACCACUACACAUUCCGUCUUCAACAUCGGUGGUGACUGUGCGUGUCAUUGACUCGACCACAUCUCUCUUCCUCGAUCCUCCGCUGUUCUGGCGGCCGGAAAUCAAGGGUCUCGACGGCGUGACUGUACCGGACUUCUGCUUCCUGGUCUCCAACGGUAGUCGACACAUUCUCUUCGACCUCGGCGUCCGGCGUGACUGGGAAAACUACGCGCCCAGAACGGUCGACCUGAUCCGACGGACAACCCGGGUUCACGUCGAUAAAAACGUGGCCGAGAUCCUCGAUGCGCAGGAGCAGUGGUCCGGCCCCGUCGUUCGGAGCAAGGAUAUUGAAGCCGUCAUCUGGUCGCACCAUCACUUCGACCAUAUCGGGGAUCCGUCCACCUUUCCCCCAUCCACGGAUCUCGUCGUAGGCCCCGGCGUGAAAGCGCUCUGUUGGCCCGCAUAUCCGACCCAGCCGGACUCCCCGGUCCUGGAUGCCGAUGCCCAGGGCCGCAAUGUGCGGGAAAUUACUUUUUCGAGGGACUCACCGCACGUGUGUCGCAUCGGUCGAUUUGACGCCUUCGACUUCUUCGGGGAUGGUUCCUUUUAUCUCCUUGACGCACCGGGCCAUUCGGUGGGACAUCUGGUUGGGCUAGCACGCGUGUCGGCGACUGGACCGGGAUCCUUUGUCUUGAUGGGCGCGGAUGCCUGCCACCAUCCGGGCAUCCUCCGACCAACCGAGUACCUCCCCAUCCCCACCAGCCUGUCCCCUUCGCCGAUCCGGCAAUGGUCGACCUGCCCCGGGGACCGGCUGAGGCAUCUGCAUCCGCGGGGGAGUGCCACUGAGCCCUUUCUCACCGUCUCCCCGGUCCUCUUUCCGGAUCUUGAGGCGGCCCAAGACACCGUCCGCAAGAUCCAAGAACUGGAUGCGGCGGAAAACAUCCUUGUCAUCCUGAGUCAUGACCAGUCCAUCAAGGAUCAUAUUGACCUCUUUCCUCUUCCCAUUAAUGACUGGAUGGCUAAGGGUGUGGCAGGACGCACGCGCUGGCUAUUCUGUGGAGACUUUGAAGGAGCACUGGAUUAG